AUGGAGGCGCCGCGCAGCACCGUGAGCGCCGCGGUCCGCGAGCACCUGCGGCGCCUGUGCCUGCGCGAGUUCCCGUGCGGCGCGGGCAGCUGGAAUAAGUCCCGUUUUCUGCCUCAAACUUGUCGAACCUGGAAGGAGCCGGCCCCCGGGGAGGAGGAGGAGGCCGUGAGCCCCGGGGAGGAGACGGUGGAGGCCCUGCUGGACCUGGCCUGCAGCCCCCAGUCCCCCUGGGCGCUGCCGGAGGGCUCCAGCGCCGAGGACCGGUUCCUGAGGGAGCUGGCCAUCCGCAGCCCCCCGGUGAUCACGGACGGCUUCUUCUUCUCCUACUUCCGGUCCCUGCGGGUGGUGGACAAGGAGGUGGACGAGGUGGACAGGGACCUGCUGCGGUUCCGGAGGCUGGAGGAGCUGGUGCUGAGCGCCAACCGAAUCCGGGAGAUCGACGCCGCCCAUCUGCCCCCGACCCUCAAGGUGCUGGAGCUCUACGGCAACCAGAUGUGCAGCCUGCAGUGCCUGUGCGCGCGCCCGCCCCCCCUGCUGCAGCACCUGGGGCUCGGCCACAACAAGCUGCUGGGCCCCUUGGAAAGUGCCUUCGUCACCUCGAACCACUGGCCCAACCUGGUCUCCCUGGACCUGAGCUUCAACGACCUGACGGGCCUGCAGAGCAUGGUCGCCAGCCUGCGCUCGCUGCCCCGCCUGCGGCUGCUGCUGCUGCAGGGGAACCCGCUGGCGCUGGUGCCCUACUACCGCGGCUUCACCAUCGACAGCCUGGCCCGGCUCUGCGUGCUGGACGACAUCACCGUGUCUCCCAGCGAGAAGCACCAGUUCCGGAGGCUCAGCCACAUCGGGGAGUUCCUGGCGCAGGAGGCGCAGCUGGUGGUGACGAUCGGAAAUGUCGUGGGGCUCCCGGACCCCAGUGUCUCGGACCCGGAGCCCGGGCCGCAGGGCCCUUUCGUCACCUACAGCUACUACGUCACCUACGACUUCGUGGAGGACGAAGGCAGCAAAGGCACCCAGUACGGCAGCAGCGUGCUGGCCGAGGUGAGCGCCUGCGCCCCGACACCCGCGCUGCUGCUUUCACCGUCUCCUCUGCAGAUCGUCAAGCCCUUGUCCUCGGAGCAGCUCGGCGAGGACUUCCUGGAGGAGGUGGACGGCUCGCAGGGCUCUGCGGAGCUGUCCCCGGCGUCCGAGCCGGAAGAGCUGGAAGAGGCGGGCAUGCUGGCAGCCCUGCCCAAGUCCACCAACUCUGCCGAGGAGCUGGCCAAGCUGCGCCCCAAGAUCGAUCCCCGGCUCUUCCCGUCCCCGGGGACGGUCCUCUUCAGCACCGCGCACAGGCCCUGGGCCGAGGCCGUGGCCUUCGGCUACGAGAUGCUCCACGCGCUGGCGGACCUGCGCCGGCUCAAGGCCUUCCUGCUGGCGGGGACCACGGUGACCGUCGUGGAGGAGAAGAUCGUCUCCUGGGCCGCGGCGCCGCCCUCCGACAGCUCCCUGCCCGGCAGGAGGCGGGCCCCGGACAAGGAGAAGCGGGCGAGAGACCAGAAGGGCAGAGACGAGCAGGACAAGAAGGGGGGCCCCGCGAGGGACCGGGCAGGGAAGGAGGAGAAGGAGCGAAAGCUGGUCAAGAAGAAGAAAGAGCUCCCCAAGGACCUGCGCCAGGACCCCCCCGUCCUGCGGGUGCUGGGCAGCAGCCCGGUGGCCCUCGAGCCCCUGCUGGCCGGGGAGCCGCUGGUGGCCGCGCUCUGCGACUUCGGGGUGCUCCACGUCCCGGACACCGAGAAGCCGCCGCUUUUGAGAGACUCAAAGGCGAAGGGCAAGAAGGCCCCGAAAGACAAGAGGCGGUCGUGGGCGCCCGCCCCGCCCGCGCCGCCGCGGCCCGAGCCCCUGACGGUGGAGGUGCAGGUGCAGCUGGGCCAGAGCCGCUCGGCCGAGGAGGCGCUGCGCGCGGUCCCCCUGCUGGGCCCCGACUAA